AUGGCCAAGAAGACUGUUCUGAUAACGGGGUGUAGCAAAGGCGGCAUGGGCUAUGGACUGGCCCAGGCCUUCGCCGAGAAGGGCUGCCAUGUCUUUGCUACAGCUCGCGACCCGGCCAAGGCGGCCUCGCUGACUUCGGACUAUGUCGAUGUCGAGGUCCUCCCGCUGGACGUAGUCUCGCCCGAGUCCAUUGCGGCGUGCGUGGAGCAGGUCCGUGCCAAGACGGGUGGACGGCUUGAUAUUCUCGUCAACAACGCCGGGACCGCCGACAUCAAGCCGACGUUGGAUACGCCGAUCGCUGAGGCUCGUGCCCAGUUCGAGACGAACUUCUGGGGUGCCUUCAUGGUGAUGCAAGCAUUCUCGCCGAUGCUGAUCGAGGCUAAGGGGACGAUUGUCAAUAUCUCGUCCAUGGCAGCGGUGGCCCGUGUGCCGUGGCAAUCCAUUUACAAUGCGUCCAAGGCAGCCUUGAGCAGCCUCUCUGAGACGCUGCGUCUCGAGCUCGAGCCAUUGGGCGUGAAUGUUGUGACGGUGCAGCUCGGCCUAGUCGCUACAAACCUCUAUGCACCCAUCAAGUGUGACUUGCCGGAAGACUCGCACUACAAGCCACUCGCCAACUUCUUCCACGGGAUGACUGAAGGCGAGUUCGACGAGAAGAGAGAGCAGCCCCUGACCACGGGACGGUCAAUAGCCCGGGACGUGUUGGCAGGACGCACCGGGCAGAUGUGGCACGGCGGAACUGCGGGCGCUGUUGGCUGGACCUGGUGGCUGAUGCCCAGGAAGAUGUUUGACAGAGUCUUGAGACAAGAUAAAGGGUUCGAUCAGUGGAAGUCGAGUUGA